CCCUCCUGCUGCCUUGGGUUUUAGGGUUUUGAUGUAUUCAAGUUUAAAGGAGCAUACGCUACCGUUGCACGGGAUAUCUCUUGGCGCUUGUUCCCCUCUCUCAAUCUCUCAAUCACUUUCGCUUUCAAAAUGCCGAGAAUCUGUGGGGAUUCGGUGAAUGAAGUAAGAAGAUAAUCGUCAUUAAGCUUGCCACUGCUGUUUCAUGACCAGCUUGUUCUCUUCAGUUCUCGAUUUGAAGCGCCGACAUUGGCUGAGGUUUGGCCUUAAAUUCUAAUGCUUUCUUCGCAUGCUCAUUUGUUGAAGAGAUGGCUGCUGACCAGGCAUCGACACCUGAGCUAACAAAUACCUGCUGCGCUGGGUUGAUAAAGAAAAGCUUAAAGCUCCAAGAGUCACGGAAUGCUCUAAGACAAGCUGUGAAGGUCCUUGAAGACAAAAUCAAUGAAGUCGAAGCUCAGAAUGCGAAACUCAAGAAAGCAUACCAUGAAGAACAAGCGCGGGCAAAAAUAGAGGAAGAGGAAAAACUUAAAGAAUUCAAUGCUAGAGUGUCUUUGGAGAGUGAAGUCAAUAGGUUAAAAUCUGAGAUCAUUUCAUUAGAGCAGAGUUGUGGCGGCAAUGCUCAGGAUGGAAAUGAAGAUAUUAAAAGUUAUCAAGCCUGUAUAUCUGAAAGAGAGAAAGAAAUUAAUAGGUUGAAGGAGCUUCUGGAGAGAGAGAGAAUUAGGGCUGAUUCUGGGAGAAAGAAUGCUGAGAAGGAGACAAAGAAAGCUGCUGAAGCUUGGAAAUUACUGGAAGUUGAGAAGAAUAAGAAUGUUGAGAAGGGAAUGCAAAUUGCCAAAAUUGAAGCUGAGAAGGCUGGGGAGCUGAAGCAAAAUGCUGAAAAGUUGACAUCCGAGAUGAAAAAGUUUAAGGAGGCAAGCAAGCGUUUUGAAGCUGAGAAGAAGAAGCUUAUAGCUGAAAAACAAAAUGCCAUGUCUGAUUUGGCAAAAUCUCAGGAAAGGUUAGAAGUUGAAAAACAGAAGGCAGCAAGGGAAAAGAGACGUGCUGAUGAAGAGAGGAUUAAAGCAGAGGGUCAGAAGAAGCUUGCUGAAGAUAACUUGAAGAAGGCCGUGGAGGAAAAACAACUUGCUAAUCAGAUGUCCCAGAAGUUAGAAGAGUGUAAGCGGACAAAUGAAGAUUUGAAGCAGAAGAUAUCUGAACUUUCAUCCCUAAGAAAAACCAUUGAAAUGUCUGCAGUCUCUCCUGACGUCACUGUGAAUGCUGAAAUUACUAAAGUGAAGCUUUUAGAAAACUCUUUGAAGCUUCAAAAGCUACGGACAAAGCAUGCCAGGGAAAAAGUUAAGUUGGAAGCUAAUCGUCGCAGAAUUUUACAGCAUGAAUUAGGUCGAUUGAAGCUUGAUUUCUUUCAAAUUUUCCAUCGCAUGGAUAUGCUGGAUGCUUCCAUUUUACCCUCGGCUGGAAGUAUGGAUGAGCUUGAAAAGCCUGGAAAUAUACUGAACUUGCAGAAACUAAAUAUUUUGAGGCACAUCUGUUGUUCAGAUCUGUCUCAGGUGCACAGCCAAUGUGAAAAUAAUCUCCUGAAGCCUUACUGCACAGCAACCUUGAAUACAUGUGAUCCUUUGAAGAAAGACAAGCAUCACUUUUCACCUCUUGCCCUAUAUGGAGGAAACUGUGCUGAAUCCAUCACAGGUAUUGAUUAUCAGUUGGAGCCUCUGGCUAGAGGCUCUAACAGAACAAAACUAAAGAAUUCUGCAGUAAAUUCCAGUAUAUCUUUUUCUGAUGGACAAUUGAUGGGCUCACAGGACAAGGGUGCUUUUCCAGUUACUGCAUCAGCAAAAUUGGCUCAGGAAAAUGUUAAUACAAGACCCAGCAUGUCAAAACCAUCUGCUAAAACAGUUACCGAGCACAGUAGGAAGAGAAAAAGAAUACUUGAGACAGUUGAAUGUAUUAAACAAUACUAUUCUGAAGGUAGGAAGUUUGACCUGCAAGUAGAAAAGAAGCUCUCUGAUUUACAUGCUAUGUUAUAUAAAAAAGAGGACAAGUCACUUGAAAGGAGAGAUAUGGCUUCUAAUAUUAAGGAUAAUUUACUAGAAAAGAUUGACAGACCCCAUAAGAAGAGAAAGAAAUCUCAUAGGGUAGAAGUGGACAUGGUACGUGAAUAUAACAAGGUUGAGGAAAAGGGUAUAGAAGAAGCCAAAGGAGAAGUCUGUGGGGACACUAAUAUCUGUGGACACACCUCCUGCCCUGCCUCAUAUGCUAAGGGAACCAUUCAAGUGUUCAGGGAGAGAGCUUGUGAUGCUGCAAAUGAUUUUUCUUCUAUGGUUAAUUUUGAUGAAGUAGCUGAUGGAAAUUAUAUGAAGUUGUUAGACUUAGAAAAUGCUGCUGAUGAGGAAUGCUAUAGAAGAGCAAUGGAUGUUCCUCUAUCUCCAUCACUCCCCGAGAUUGAAAUUCAUGAUGUUGAAACACAUGACAAGGGUAAUUUGAAGCCCUUCCUUGAGGAAGCACUCCAUGAAGACAUGUUCAGUCCAAGAGGACCUUUGUUUCCUUCACAUUGCUUUGAUGUCAUUGAUGUUGAGAUAAAUUCCAAUGAAGAAAAGUUUGAUGCAUCUAGAGCUUCUUAUAAUUCACAGCAGAAGCCUGAGCAGGUUAGAGAAACUGAGAAUGUGAAAAUGUCUCAUAAUCAUGCGAUAGAAAAUUCAAGGGCUAUGAAUUUGGUGGACAGUGGAAUGGAAUCGUUACAGAAUCAACUUCCUAAUUUUUGUGUGGUCUUUCCAAAUAUUGAGGACAUGAGUAGCAUUUCUAGGAUAUUUGAUGCUACAAAGAAUUGUAUGGCUAGGUGCAGUUUGAUUACUGAAACAGGUUGGAUUGUUGAUAGCAUUUUGACUGCACUUACCAUGGAAAACACGCUGUUACCAAGGGAGAAGAUUUCUGUUUUCUUUACACUUUUGCUAUUCAACUUCACUACAAACACAUCAAUAAAUUUUGGGAAACUUCUGGAUGGGAAUUUACUCUCUUGCUUGAAUUCUUAUGCUGAACACAUUCGCACAGUUUUUUCUGUUGCAACGACAAGGUUCUUGUUUUUGGGUCUUGUUUCCUUGCAUGAGCUCCUUUGCCUCAUUGAAGACUUUCUUCAAGAAGGAAAAGUUAUGGUAAAUAAUAAAAUGGCUUCUGGGACCUUGUCAGAACAGGAUUUGAGAAAUUCUCUUCAUCUGGAUGGAUUAAAUACAUGGUCUUUAGAAACAGCUUCAGGGGAACAGUUGGUGGCAGGGAGCAUUAUAUUAGCAUCAGUAUGUGCAGCAACUGAUCAUGUUGAAUUUAUCAGGGAGUCUACGUAUAAUAUCCUUAGGUUUUGCAGAUGGGAUUCAUUAAUGAUGCUGACUGUGCUUCAUGUAUUUGCUUAUCUGGGCGGACAGAAGUUUUUUUGUGAUAGUUUAAUGGUCACUGUGUUGAAGUCUUUGAUUAUGUUUCUGGAGGGCGGAAACCUACCAGUAGCUGCUGCUUCCUGUCUUCCAUCAGUAAAUCAGCUGCAUUCUGAAUUAUGGACGAGUGUUAAAUGCCCAUUCUUGGAAGGUGCUGAAUCUAUUGAAAUUGUUGCACUCUUGCUCUUAGAAAAUAUCAAGAACUGUCUACUACAAGAGGUAGAACUGGAUGAUUCGACAAAUUCUAGAUCCUUGUCAGAUAAAUAUACUGCUGGACGAUGGUAUGGUCAGGAAGCAGUUCAACAUGUCAUUGACAUGAAGUGUGAUGCUGCCUGCUGUUUGCGGAAGUUCUUGGUUUCUGCUACUCAGCAUCAUGUUUUGAACGAUGCCAGCAUUUGUCACCUUAGUGAUGUCCUGUCAUUGGUGGAGCUGGUUGCAAGCAGAAUGAGUUGGCAUUGGACAGACACAAAACUUGUUCCUCAGCUGCUGAGUAUGUUAGAUUCAUGUAUGGUGGAGAACUUCUCUGUCGCCAUUCUUGCUCUUCUUGGUCAACUUGGGAGGCUUGGAGUUGUUGCUGGUGGAUAUGAAGAUAGUGGAGUUGAGAGCUUGAGAUGCUAUUUGUUUUCUUACUUGUGCCACAAUUCUUCGAUAAAAGCAGGCCCUUCUCUUCAGCUUGCCGCUGCCUCUGCUUUGAUAGCUGUUCUUCCUUUUAAUGUAGAAACCCUUUUUGAGACAAACUCAAGUCUUCCAGUAUAUUCCAGUAAAGAUGUUUCCGGCAAUUUUGAAGAUUUGAGAAAGUGGCUUUCUGGGCUUGAUAAAGAUAAACGUGACUUGUUAUGUAGCAUUUCAAGAACCGAUGUAUAUACGAAGAAAACGUAGUAGUUCUCCUUCACAUUUCCGAAGCAAGGUUCUUGCAGUCUUUCUUUCAUUGAUCUUGCUAGUUGAAAGCUUUGUCGAUUGUGAGAAAUUGGAUGAUAGGGAAAAGGUUGAAAGUGGAUGAAAACUCUGGUUUAGAUUUAACCGAGUGCCUUCUGACUUGGUUUACUUGCUACUUCACUUGAGAGCCUGUUAGUGAGAUAGAUGGUUGGUGUCGGUGUAAUCCUGGAGCCUUUUCAAUACUGCCAUUGGAUACAACACAAGUUUGCACCGAACACCAUCAAUUGACGGCUGGAUACAACAUAGAGCGUGUUUAUUUUACGCAUUGGUGUUCAGCUUCUCACAUUUGCACGAAAGGCAAGGCAACUUUUGUGAGGCGCAAUAUUUGGGCUUUUUAUUUGAAACGUAAUCCAAACACGCUUUUCGUAGCUUAUAUCUACAAGCGGAAGCCAUGGCUUAUCCAUGUUUAAUUCCAGCAUUGGUCAACAAAAUUCUUGGCUUAUGGAAAUUACUUUUUGUCUGAGGAAUAGACUUUUCAUCUCCUUAAAGCAUAUUGCUCUUGUUCAAUUCAUGCUGGUCUUCUAAGAUGAGAGAGGAAUGACGUUGCCCUUGAACGAGGGCAACGCUCAUCUCAAUGUUGGAAGAAGAAAGAGCAAUAACCCAAGGCCAUGACUGUUCGGGUGCCUUGUAACUUCAAGACAGGUUCGGUCAACGAGGAGGAAGAAGCCAUCGUCAGUUUGGAACCCAUCUCGUUGUAGGCAAUUGAAAUUAAUUUUUAUAUCCUACUGGAGGAUGGCGGGCUCCAUGCUCAGGGAUCUCAUUCUGGGACUGUGGCUGGCCAGUGAGAUUUUUCUCGGACGAAAUUGUCAAUUUUAAUCAGAAAGGACAGAGCUCAAAGGAUGGUCCUAUUUCAAGAAAUUUUUCUGAUUUAAACGAAACCGCGUUUGUUGUAAAUUUUUUGGUUCCCGUUUAUUGCUAGACCUGUUUUAUAGUCGAAUAAUACGAUCUCCAAACAUCUAACCGUGGUAGUCCUCAAAAAAAUGCGUGAUGCCUGGACAUCCAUUUGUUUCAUCAUGUUUUGGAUUUCAAUGUCUUUUCGGCUUCCUGGUAGUGGCGGGUGAUAUGGGAUGAGAAGUUUGAUGUAACUUCAUUCAUGACUAUUGUCUCAAAUUUCUUUAGGAUUCA